UAUAUUCCGCGUUGGCCUGGACGUGGCAUCUGAGAAGACUGCGAAAGGGAAGCUGCACCCACUCUCUGUCUGGUUACAAUAAACACCUUUGGUUUUCUAUUUUCAUUAUCGUCACGCGGAGCUCUUUCACACCAUGGGGCUCACAAUUUCGUCGAUAUUUUCCAGGCUUUUUGGCAAGAAACAGAUGAGGAUACUUAUGGUUGGUUUGGACGCUGCUGGAAAGACCACUAUUCUCUACAAACUGAAGCUGGGGGAGAUUGUAACCACAAUUCCCACCAUUGGUUUUAACGUGGAGACUGUUGAGUACAAGAACAUUUGUUUCACCGUGUGGGAUGUGGGCGGUCAGGACAAGAUUCGCCCCCUCUGGAGGCACUACUUCCAGAACACGCAGGGCCUUAUCUUCGUAGUGGACAGCAACGACAGAGAGCGAGUAGCAGAGUCGGCAGAGGAGCUGUCUAAAAUGCUGCAGGAGGAUGAGUUGAGGGAGGCAGUGUUGCUGGUGUUUGCAAACAAACAGGACCUGCCCAACGCUAUGGCAGUGAGCGACCUCACAGACAAACUGGGCCUGCAGAGCUUGCGCAGCAGAGUUUGGCAUGUCCAGGCUACCUGUGCUACCCAGGGCACUGGGCUAUACGAAGGACUGGACUGGCUUUCCAACGAGCUGUCGAAACGCUAAAGAAUGGAGAAAUCGCAGGACCGGAGCGAACGAGAUCUGAACACGCGAGCAAGAGAAGGGGUGCAGGCUGAGCAUUUCAUCAAUGGAAGAAGAAAAAAAACUGCAACUUUUAAAAUGAUCAGUGUGUCUGUCUGGUAGAACUUGCAGUUAUGGACUUUGUGAUCAGUUCCUGUUCUGAAGCCUUCUUUCAUCAUUCUUCCCUUUUAUUCCCAUUAUUGUCAAACCUGCAGAUGUCUCUUAGACUGUUUCUUCCUUUAUGCCACCCAAUGUCCUCAACAGUAAAAUUGUUUUAAGUUGCAUGUUUUAAAAAAACAGAUUCACAUGA